AUGGAGCCCCUGGAAUCGGUGACGUUUGAAGAUGUAGCCGUCGACUUCACCCAGGAAGAGUGGAGCCUGCUGGACAAGUCCCAGAAAAACCUAUUCCGAAAUGUGAUGAUGGAAACUGUCACCCACCUGGUCUCUGUAGGCUAUCCGAUCAGCAAAUCAGAUGUGAUUUUCCAGCUGGAACAAGGGAAAGAGUUGUGGAGUGAAGCAGCAGACCUCCAAGGUCAGAGUCCAGGGGAUCCUGCUGGAUGUGCUGAUUUGAGAGAGGAAGUUACUCCUACACCUUCACUUCAAUAUACAAUGGUUCCCUUCAGAAGGAAACAUAAUGUCAGCAAACAGCAUGGAAAAUCACUUAGUCAAGGGUCAUUCCUCGAUGGACAGGGUCACAUUCACACUAGACGUAAGUCAUGUGAAUGUGCUCUGUGUGGGAAAGUUUUUAAUAGAUGCUCUAGCCUUAGCAGACAUAAGAUGAUUCACACUGGAGAGAAACCAUUCAAAUGUCAACUGUGUGGGAAAGUCUUCAAUCAAAGAUUCUCCCUGAAAGUACAUGAGAAAACUCACAUAGGAGAGAAGCCCUAUGAAUGUCAUCAGUGUGGAAAAGCCUUUAGUAGAUGUGCUAACCUCAGGAGACACAGCAUGAUUCACACUGGAGAAAAACCAUUCAAAUGUCAUCUGUGUGGGAAAGUCUUCAAUCAAAAUUCCUCCUUGAAACAACAUGAGAGAACUCACACAGGAGAGAAGAGAUAUGAAUGUCAUCAGUGUGGCAAAGCCUUUCUUCAAAGCUCUGGCCUUAGUUCGCAUAAGAAAGUCCACACUGGAGAGAAGCCACAUGUAUGUCUUGAGUGUGGGAAGGCCUUUACUCGUAGUUCAGGGCUUCAUGUGCACAAAAGGAUCCACAUUAGAGAGAAACCACAUGUAUGCUCUGCGUGUAGGAAGGCCUUCAGUAAAUACGCUAAGCUGAGGGAACAUGAGAGAACCCACAGUGGAGAGAAGCCCUAUGAAUGUCAGCUCUGUGGAGAACACUUCACUUGUGCCUCUUCCCUUAGACGACACGAGGGAACCCAGCACAAGAAAGAAAACCAGUAGGACCCUCAGUAGACAUUCUGACCUGAGGUGACAUAAUCAAUAUGGAGGUUCCUUCAGGCAUUGCGCUGUGCAGUCCAGACAGGCACUACCUGUGGAUGUGGAUCCACAUGUGUGCUAUCUCUGUGACUUUAGUCAUUAGCCUGACCUAGUGUAACUUAACAGAACUCACUCUACAAACACAAUAUGGGUGUUUCCAGCAACAGCCCCCAACUCUAAAGCUCUUAGAGGACAUGAGCAGAGGAUAAGCAACCCCUACUACUUCUUUGAUAAUUAUUGAUCAAUGUGAACCAACUCCAUGAAGAGAACCACUACCACUGUGAUAACCGUUGACAACCGUUGAGUUGAUCACCAGGCUUGAUGUGCACA